ACUUGAUGAUAGAAUUACUAUGUGUCAUUGUUGAAUGAACGUAGUCCGCAGUAAAGCUACAAAUUAGCUAAAUUGAGGAAGAACAAUUUAAAAAUAUGCACUCAAAUUAAAUAUUUGAUAUAUUUAAUAAAAAAAAAAAUUAUUACCUACCAAUUUUUAAUUUCACUCAUUAGAUCUUUUUGUCAAGCUUUUAAUUUUAAACGUUUAGAAAGAGGAGUUUCUCUCGUUUAUACAUAUUUUAAAAUAUUUUUUGGAUAUUUAAGCUAAGAAAGAAAGAAACGUAUCUUAUUUCUGAUAGAAGAGUUCAAGUUUAAUAGUUAUUGAUUGAAUGUCGAAAAUCUUAAGAUUUGUAAAAGAAGAUAAACAGCAAAUGUCCUCACCACAACUAAAUGUAGAAUUUGAAGUUGGUAGGACAUUGACAUUACGGCCCUCUCAGGUAGUUCGAGGUUCGGUAUCUUUAACAAUCUCGGAUACUAGCAAGACGUUGUUUGCAUCAUCGAUCAAAAUUAAAUUUCGAGGUGAAGAAACUGCAUCUGCUAAGAUAAAGGAUUCUGGGCCAGUUCCCAGAACAACAAGACGUGUCGAGACUGCGCGAACCAUUUAUUUUGAAUGCAAUUAUACGGUCUGGAGCGGUGGAAGUAAUGGCCAAACGCGAGCCAAUGAAUAUCGUCCUUGGAAAGAACUUGCCCCAGGAACAUAUAAAUUUGAAUUUGCUCUAAAGCUUCCGCCGGUCAAUUUUCCGCCUUCUGUUGAGGGACCGAAAGGUUUCUCAAUUCGUUAUAUAUGGCAACCAGUAAUAGAAGGAGCUGGUGGAUCCCUAAUCGAAGGUCCUGAAGUAGUUACACCAUUUAUUCCUGUAUCUUUUGCUCCACCAGAUCAAGAAUGGAGUUUUAGGGAUAUAUUACAUAAUGAAAACAAAUCACCAAGGAAGAUGUUGGUAGAGGUCGAAGCAAUCUUACCCAAACACGUGUUUUCACCCGGUGAAGACCUAAAAUUCACGCUGAGACUAACCAACCAUUCUAGUGGACGUAUUACUUGCGUUCAAUGUUCUUUGCGUAAACAUUAUGAGGGUCCCCUUGAUAGGGAGUUUGUUUGCGAAAAGCAUGAACGUUCACUUGUUUCUACAGAUAGGCGAUGUGAUAUUGGAGCAACAACAAAUCAGAAAGGAGAGUUGGAAUUCUCUCUUACUGUGCCCAAAAAAUUUCAUCAUAUACCCCCAACAUUUACUGGUCGCCAUUUAAGAGUAUAUUAUACUCUUCGAUGUGUAAUACAAGCUGAGAUGGGAUCUUUACUUACCAAAAUGCAAUAUCAUGAAGUAAUCAUCCCUAUAGCUAUUUCAUCUUUCCCUCACAUAUCUCAAGAGGAUCUUCCAGAGAAUAUUUCUUACCCAUCUUACACUGAAUCGCGCUUGGGACCUUUCUUUUUUGAUCCGAAGGAAGAUUUUCCUCCCCUGCAAGUUGAUACAUUAAAUCAUUCCCCGUAUUCUCCCGCAUUGAGCGCUAUAUCCAGCCUACAGCUCAAUAAUUUUUAUAAUAGCGACCACGAUUCAUCGACUACACAGUCACCGUAUUUUAGUGAGAAUGAUUCCAGUAUAAUCAACGAUAAUAUUAUGGAGACAAAUCAACGUGUUGUUGUUACUGAUUCGACGGCACGUGACAGGACAGAAAGGACAACUUUUACAACUACUAGAUUAAGUUGAAAGAAUUUGAUUCAAUUAAUAAACAAUUUAGGAUGAUUCGUAAUAAUUAUUAAUAUUAUAUAAUUGUUGUCAUCAAUUUUUUUAAAAAAUGAUGAUAAAAAUGUUCCUGAUUCUGAUUAUUAUUUUUAUUAUAAUUAUAAUUGUAUCAUAUUAGCCUUGAAUCCAAGGUUUUACUCAUUCUCUCCUUAACCUUUUAAUUCGUUGUGAACAUUUACUAAUUGUUAAUAGUCAAAGGAUAUGAAUUAUUCAUUUUU